AUGAGUAGCUUAUCGGAUAAGGAUAAUACCUCUUUUAAGAGGUAUCUCGCAUCCUGUGGCUAUGUUAAAGAGUAUACUCGUAAAUCAUACAUGAAUAGUGAAUUAAGGUUAAUGACAAAACUAGGUAUAAAACACAGCAAGAAUAAUAUCGGGGUACGAUGGAAACGAUCUAAAGAUGGAAAAAUAGAAUUAAAGAACUUGGAUAUUGCCCAAAAGUUAGAAAUUUCCAAUUGCUUUAAGUCUAGUGAGGCUUCAGCUCGUGAUGAAGACUUUAUUUCUUCAAUUAUAGAAUCUGGAACUUUAGCUGAACCCGUCUGGGGCUCAAACGGUAGGUAUCUAAAUCCAGCAGAUACAUUACUACCUGAAUGGGAACGACUAAAGCUAUGCAGGGAUGGUGUUGCGAAUUCACUUGGAUUUGCACAAGGGUUUGGAUAUGAUAACAACCUAAUGUGCAUCGCUAGCAGUAGUUUAAUGUUCAUUGCAUAUGAGAAUACGUUUUUUACCAAGAAUUUGGUUAGUUAUGGAGCUCCUAGCUUUAAUAAGGAAGAUAUGAUUAACUUUAGUUUAAUUGAUUCUGCCCUGUUAUACGACAACUUUCCAUUGCAGCAGAUGCUUUAUUUUGGUCGUAUUUUCAGAGACUAUAAAAUACACUUAGUCAAGCUGUGCCAUUUUUAUGGACAAGAAUAUGUGGCAAUGUGUUGCGAGAAUGGUUACAUUAUGAUGUUUUUAGUUCAUGAUUUUGAAGACUAUUAUAAGGAUGUUGCCGAUGGCCACAAAUACGGUGCUAAACCAAGUAUGAGGCCAAAAUAUAUCCUAAGAGCACGGGGAUCAUGUUGGUCUUUUGAUAUUUAUGAUGAUGAUCCAAAUGUGAAGUACAUUGCGGCAGGCCACAAUGACGGCGAUGCGCCUACUGGCAUCUCACUUUUCGGUUAUUCUAAAGGUAUGAAUAAGUUUAUCAUCGAUGAAAUUCCUAUUGAGCACAAUGUUCCCUGCGUUUCAUUUAUAAAGGAUUCUAGCCGUGAUAAAAAUAUUAUUUUAGCAUAUUCGUCAAUUUUUGGAAGUGUUGGGACUAUAAGUAUACAACGAUCACUGGAUGUUGAAAAAUGUGUUCGUGAAAGAUUGAGAAUUGCUUGGGAAUAUUUGGAUGAACAGUACCUACCGAGCUGGUGUUGGUCCAUUACGCCAGUCAAGAAGUCUUCUUUUAGACAUGUCGGACAAUAUGAGUUUCUAUCAAAUAACUACAACCAAAACCAUAAGACGAAGGAACUUUCGCUAAUAUAUCAGAACAGUUUGUUACUUGAAAGUUACCCAUUUCGACCAAGUCAAACCAGCAACCUUGGCAUCGCAACUAAUUUUGUCCAGACAAUGGUACCAGUAAGUCACUUACAGCUUUUAAAUGCUUCUGAAUAUGCAAAUAAAUCUAUUAAGUUCAGGUUUGUGUGUGCACAAUUACCUUCUCCAGGAGGAAAAAGAAUUCCUUACGAAAGCGCGUAUAUUUCAACGUCUUAUCUGGAGUAUGAUCCCAGUUUGUGGUCUUACUUCUUUCUUCUCAAGCCAGAGUAUCCUCUGGGCGAUGAAAAGCUUAGUGGUGGCGUAGAGGAAGCGAAAAUGGUUGUAAAUAACAAUUACUCAAUUUCUCGACUGAAAUCAACACCUGAGUGGAAAGAUGAACUUUCUACUUUUAAAAUCACCGAACCCCCACAAGGCAAGUAUUUUGAAGCAUUUGAUUUGUCUUUUUCAGAUGAUGAUAAACCCAUCGACUUAUCGUUGUCCGAGGUGUCCCUUUCACCAUGCAUCCAUGGUAUUGCCGAACCAAACACUAAUAAUUCCAGUGAUUUUUACCUAUAUCAAAGGUUUCACUCUAGUCCUCCUAGAAGGGAAAUCAAAAGGGUAUGGAUAGACAGGGAUCCAAUAUUUUCCAUUGCAUCAACAAUUGAAAACCAAAACACAUGGACGGAAACUGAUGAACUAUACCAUCAAUAUGAUGAUACUAUGGAUGACUUUUCAUCUUCAGAUACGGACGGAGUUACCUCUGUCACUUUAGUUUCAGAAAGUAGUGAUUCAAGGAUUGAAGAAGUUAUAGAAAUGUCACUAACGAAUCAUAUCUCAAAAACCUACAGAUUAUAUGCUUCUCUCAAGCAAGAUACUAGGUAUAAUUUGGCUGGUCCAGAAUUUGAAAGCUGUGCUCCCCAGGAUUAUUUUUUUGUUGUUACGACAAACAAGAGCGUGUUCCUUAUACGUUCUGACCCUUUAAUUAUAAAUGCAAUGACAACAGACGACAUUUUUCCAACUUCGGACAUUUCAACCUGUCAUCCAGAGAUAGAAAGUCACAAUCGGAUCUCUAUAGUCUGCUACAUCCAGGAAUUGUCAUGUAUUGUUGUGGCGUCUCAAAUCGGACUAAUUUCAAUUUUAAGAUUAACGGAGUACAACGGCAUCUAUUCAUUUAGACAGGAAUAUGUCAUUGGGUGGCAGCGUGUGCCACCUGAACAGAGGGACCAGAUCUGCAUGUCCCAAUAUGCUGAUUAUAAUUACGAUGGACCAGAUUAUUCUUGUGGCCAAUGUGAUACUGUUUUCCCAUACUUUUCCAUACAGGGUAUGGAUUACAUUUAUUGUCCAGAAGAUCCACUUAAUGGUAUACAAGAACAUGCCGUAUUGUAUAUAUUAUAUAGAGAUAACAUUAUUAGGUAUAGAAUUCAUACUUAA